AGCGUGGAUGGACUCAUGCCAGUCGCAUUAAAGGCCCAGUGACGAGACCCCACUGGAAAGUAAUCAGUACUCCAGGUGACACCUGGAGAUAACCCUGAAAAGAUAACGUAAUGAUAGAGACUUUAUUUGAUUAUUUUGCUGCGUUACCUUUUGGUAUAAAGUGUGUAUUGUUGUUUAUAUUCGCAAUAAUUAUUUAUUUGUUUAUUUAUUACAUAUGGAAGCGUACAAAGUGUGUUGAAGGAAAUUGCUAAACUUAUGCAACCACACAAUAUUGAAUAUAGAAGAUAUGCUGAUGUAAAUAAUAUAUGCACUCUAGAUAUACGAAUUAGGUGUAAUGAUUUGAACUGCAAUUGUUAUCCAUUUGCUUGUUUUAGGUGUAAGGUAUGCCAGGAUAAAUGGUGGACACACUGUGAAUGUGGAUACCCUCCAAUAGGAGUUUGCACACAGUGUUGGAGAAUCCAAAGAACUCUCACUGAGUGGAAAUUAAAACAAUUAGAGUCUAAACACCAAAGGAAUAAACCCUCAAUAUUAUUGUUACCAUUCCAACGAACCAGUCCCCUUUGUAGCUGAAAUCCUGGUUAUAAAGUGCAGAAGGGAAGUGCUAACUGUGUCUUGCUUUGUCCCAUUAGUUAAAGCUACAAAGUGGGAAGCCUAUGUAAACAGGCAGAAAGCCCGGAGCAGCUGUUCUCCUGAAAAAUUCCCUUGCUGCCGAGAAGAUGGUACACCCCGUGGCUCGAAGCAACCGAGUCAACGGGCGAGGCAGAGGAGGAAUAAACUGUGGAGAAAAGAACCAGAACAACGGGACGCAAAAGCAGCAAUGGCCGAACUUCCCCAGGACUGGACAAAUGAAGAGAAAAUGGGAAGAAAGACUGAAGAAAGUGGAAGAACUAGCAUCUCACUACGAAAGAAACCCUCUUCCUCCAGUUUAUAGGCCAAAAUUGUCCAAACCUCUUCUACCAUCCUCUGUUUGGAAAAUAUUUUGUCGGCAGGCUGAAGCUUUCAAUUAUGUAAAAACCUGCAAAGAGGAUGUUCAUGUAUUUGCUUUGGAAAAGAACACGCAAAGUGGACAGAGGUUUUACCUUGUGACAACAUACAAAGAGCUCUGGUUUUAUUACACGAAAGGUUAUAAAACAAGUCUUAUGCAUUGCUAUGAAGUAAUUCCUGAAAAAGAUGCUUGCAAACUUUAUUUUGAUUUGGAGUUCUACAAACCAGCAAAUCUUGGUGCAGAUGGCAAGAGUAUGGUUGCAAAGUUAAUUGAGCUUGUCAGCCAAAAAUUAAAGGAACUUUAUGAUGUAAAUUGUUCAGCCAAAGAUGUCUUGAAUUUAGAUUCCAGUACUGAUGAAAAAUUCAGUCGACACUUAAUAUUUCUACCUGAAAAGGCUGUAUUCAAGGAUAAUAUUCAUGUUGGUAACUUUGUGAGAACCAUUUUGCAGCCUGCCAUAAGGUUAAUGGAAAGUAAAGCUGCUGAUGUGAUUCCAGAAGAAGGAGCAGGCCGUGUUUUCCAGUGUUCUGCAGAAGGAGUUGGAUUAGAUGGUUCUCUUACAAACCUCACAGCUGUCGAAGAUACUUCCAAAGGCUGGCCAGCCAUCGCUUGCAAAACAAAGGAUAUGGAAACAUCACACCAGGGAGAAAAUUUGGAGUUUUCCUUUCUAAUAGUAAACGAUAAAGAAGGUGACAAGCGACUUUUUGUGGAUCUAGGAGUUUAUACAAAGAAUAGAAAUUUCCGGAUGUAUAAAUCAUCAAAAGCAGGAAAAAAUGUGAUUCUGAAGAUAGCAGAGGAUAAUAAGUUUGUCCCUAACUGUGAAGAGAAUGUUUCCUUGGAAGAAGCAUAUUUUCUUUCCUCGUUGAUCUGCAACACUAGAGCGAGGGACGACACAAAAGUUCUGUCAUCUGACUUUUCAGAGGAGGAGAGAAAAAUGUCUGCUUUUUUAAACAGUCCAACUACCAGAAGCACUAGAGAUCCCAUGGAAGGUUAUCAGGAUUCUCCAUAUCCAGAAAUUGAUUAUUUUGUUCGUUCUUUGGUUAAUAAAGAUGGGGUACAAGGAGGUAUACGGCGAUGGAAUUAUUUUUCUCUGGGAGAAAUACUUGUAUAUGAUAUUUCUGGUUACCGUUGGUGUGAAAAUAUUGGAAGAGCUCACAAAAGUAACAACAUAAUGAUUCUGGUAGAUCUAAAGAAGGAAGUCUGGUAUCAAAAGUGUCAUGAUCCAGUCUGCAGAGAGAAUAACUUCAAAUCACAAAGUUUUCCGUUACCACCUAGGAUAUGUCUCCCAUCUCUUUUCAAAGAGGAAGAAGAAUAUGCACUAAUGGAUGAAAGAGAGAACACAGAAGAAAAAGCAAAACCACGUUCUAAUGCAUCAGCCUUGUCAAAAAGCUCAGUAUCUCUAGGAAAAAGCUCACCUCAAGGCUUCCUGUGGUCAGACAGUGAGUGGGACACAGCGAGCGAUGACGCCUGUUUCCUGGAAGCUACUGAAGACGUGGAACUAGCUGAAGCUGCAAAUGAUAGUCUGCAUUACGCCGUGGAAGAAAUUCCUGAUUAAGUUCUUUUGGAAGCUUUAAGGAAACAGGACCCUUGUGCUGAAGGCAGUGGCUAACCACAGACCUGGCUAGCAGACAGACCUGGCUUGCGUAUCGCCUGCCUCCUGUGGAAGACAGCUACUGCGUUGUAGUUCGGAAGCGCUCCUCCCCAGCUGCAGGACAACAAACUGAGCAACUAACUGCUAGCAAGCAAGUAUCCUCCCAGCCAGGUGGUCUGCAACAGGCCUGAGGAGAUCAGGGAAGAUUACACAGGGGCUGAAGAGCACUGGGCUGAAAACUUGUCAGGAAUGCUGCUCCAAGUUUAGUGCUUUUAAUGCUCUCUGCUGUGUGGUUUCUGUUUUGUUAGCUGUAUGUUCAACUUCUACUGAUAAUCGUAAAUAUAAGAAAUAGUAAGAAAAUAAUAAAUAAAUGAUAAGUCAAA